GUGGUGUUAGCACGCGUCUGUUUCAAUUCCCAGUCUGACAUAAUUUUUUUUUUUUUUUUUGUGUAACCACGCCUACACAGUGGCUGCCAAGGCUUACCCAUGAGUUAAACCUUCUUUAGUUGGUAAUGAGGAAGGCGUGGACUCUAGCAGUGGACACCCGUAGGCAGCAGUGGGUGAAAACAAGCAAAAUAAAGAAAAGUUUGGAUGUGAGAAGGUGCUAGACAGCCACCCAUAGUGACGAGGAGGCAGGAAUCACCAUCACCACCACAGGGAAGAGGGGUCAUUUUCAAAAUAAGAUACGUACGUAAGUAAAUAACGGUGGCUGUGACGUCAUCCACCCCCAGCCGUGACGUCACAAGCCCCCCCCCCGGCCGUGACGUUAUCAGAGUGGUACCUUCCCUAACUCCCUUCCAGUCGCUCCCAUGAUGAGAAGCUGUGAGUGGAUAUCUAGCAAACGCGUCAUGUUUGUUGACAUCUGGCGCAGGUGUGCGGCGCCGCCACAAAGGACCUCCACACUUCCGGCCCUUUAUGGUGUUCCUUCCCCGCGUGGCGUUAUUGCUGGCUGGUGAACACUUCUACGCCAGUUGUUUUUCAGGUAGAAGAAAUCCCACCAUGGAUGAUGAAUGCCUUUCUCUGACUUGGAAUAAUCAUGGUGCUACGUACAGGCAGACACUCAGCACCCUAAGGAAAGAGAAUACCCUGACGGACAUUACUCUUGCUUGUGACGGCCAAAAGUUCUCUGCACACAAAUUAGUCUUGGUGACUUGUAGUGACUACUUCAGAACUAUCUUGGGGGACCUACCAUGCCACCACCCCAUAGUGUACAUGAGGGGUGUCACUGCCCAGGAGAUGCAAGCACUCAUAGACUUCAUGUACACAGGCCAGACAGACAUACCCCAAAAGGAAGUGCCAACCCUGCUUUCAACUGCAGAAGCAUUGCAGAUUAAAGGCCUUGGUGUUUUUAAUGGCAGUGAGAAUCAUGAUAGUGGAAGCAAAACUCAAAGAGAACGUGGAAAUGAAAAUAAGAGAAAGAGAUGUGAUCUUUCUUCAUCCAUUAAUGGUUUGAAUGAAGAAAGUGGCAGAAGCAGUACUGCCAAAAGUUUAUCAAGAGAAGACCAGUUUCUGGAGAAUCUUUACAGCCAUCACUAUGCAUUCCUCUCUUCUCCAAAACAAAGAAAACUGGACGAAAAAAACCCAUCAAAAAUUCCUGACUUCAUCAGUGGUUCUCACACAUCUGCACUGGAAAACUCACCCCAUAAAGAGUCUUCUUCAUCUGCGGGUGGUGGUGAUUCCAGCCAAAAUGUUUCCACUUCAUUAUCUCCAGGAAUUCUCAACAACCUUCUGCAUCACCGCAAGCCAGAAUCAUCCAGGUCUUCCCUACCCAGGCCACCCUCACCAAUACCCCAGUCUCCACAAGACAGAAUUACCAGUGAAACAGGCUCAUCCCACACUUCAGAUAUUGCCAAAGAAAGUCUUAUUGAAAAAGAUUCCAGUCACAGUUCCUCCAGCCAGCCACCACAGCCCAACCCCAGGCUUGAGGCCAAGGCAGCCUCUCCUCGUGCACUGAAUUAUUCACUGGCUGGUCUUGGUGGAAGCAAAGACAGCCUUGGUCUAGGGUUGCACGGCCAUCCCUCCGAGGAAUCAAGUAGUGGUCAUGGCGACACUCCUGAAAAUCUGAUCAAAACAGAAAUAAAGGAAGAAGCUCUUGACUUCAGCAGCUCAACAAUGUCAGAGAAUCACCACAGUGAUUCCCCAAGCUCAGCCCUCAGUACAAAUAACAUUGGGGAGGAAACACGGAUGUACUUGGAUGCUUUUGCGCGAAGUGCAAACCUUUCUUGGCAGCAGAAUACAGAGGAAACUGUGGAAUCAUCUGCAGGUGAUGGACGGCCAUUUGUGUGUCCAAUAUGCAAUAAAUGCUUUGCCAAGGCUGCCAUUCUGAAGCGUCACCAUCUGGCACACUUCCGGCCGUACGUGUGUCACCUGUGCCCACGCUCCUUCACCAGGAGAGAGGUGUUGGCAGAGCACAUGCUGGAGCACACGGGAGCUGACCUGCGGAUGCCAUGUCCUGUGUGUGGCAUGACCAUCAAACGUAAACGCAACUUACAGGCUCACAUCAAAGUGAAGCAUCCUGAUUAUUACCAGCAGAAAAGUUCAAAAAGAGAAGCAAUGUGUUAAUAUGCAUCUGGCAGUGCAAUUAUCCAUUGUUCCGUGGCUUAAUGCAAGUACUCCCUUUUGAUCCAAGACUGUCUAGGAACAUUAAUGAAAAAUUUCUUAAAAUUGGUCUCUAGUCAUGUAAUGAUUAGAUACUGAACUGAUGCUUCCGUAACUCAGGUUACUCAAGUGUGAGCUUUUGCAUUCUACUUUCAGAAUCUUCCAAAAGGUUAUCCACAAAGUGAAUAUUUUUAUAACAAAAAUAUACUUUGUAAACAUAGUUUAAAAUGAAAAAUAUUAGGUCCAAUUGGAAAACAUUACUUGUAUAUCAAACUUCCUUAUAUUUUUCAUACAUUUUUUUUAUUAGAAACAGCUAAAUUAUUCUGAAUUUUAUUUCAGUAACAAUAAUUUUUUUACAUUACUAUAUUGCAACAUUCCUGUUGUUGCUUGGUUGUAACAAGCACAUUUUACUCUAGUUAGAAUUAUUGUUGGUUGUAUAUUACAUGUAGAAGCAUGCAGUCUCUCUCUCUCUCUCUCUCUCUCUCUCUCUCUCUCUCUCUCUCUCUCUCUCUCUCUCUCUCUCUCUCUCUCUCUCUCUCUCUCUCUCUCUCUCUCUCUCUCUCUCUCUCUCUCUCUCUCUCUCUCUCUCUCCAUCACAAAUGAAAGAGUCAUAUAUGAUGACACCAUUCUCAUGGUCUUCCUUUUCUUUUCUUUUUUUCUCACAGACACUGAAGUGGUGCAUUACAUUGAAAAGUUAUUUUACUAAAAAUAUAUGGCUUCCAAUCAAUUAGCAGUCAUGUAAUAUCUGUUAAUUUUUCUGAUGAAUAUUAUGUGUUCCAUGAACUAUUUAUUUAUGAAACAGUAUUACUCUUAAAAAAAUUAAUAUUUAUUUGUAUAUUUAAUGCUAAUUUUAGUGAUGUGCAUCACAGUGCAUUAUCUUUGUAGCAUACCAAGUGGCAGCAUCACUGUUGGAGGGACUUAUUCACCAGCUGUUUGACUGUUCAUCCGUCCAGAAGGUACAAACCCAUCACAUUAUUCACUCACAAACUUGGUGUCAUUACAAAUUUUUAUACUAUACCUACAUGCUUUAUUCUGCAUAUAUCCAUGCAAUUUAUUUAAAUAUUCACUGAAACAUAAUUCUAGCAGACAAUUAUAUUUAUGAACUUCCACCCAUGCGGUUAAAAAUGAAAGUGGCACAGUCUUUUGUAGUAGAUGUGGAUUUGCUCUUAACCAUAAUUUUAUUGUUUUUUUGUUCCUUAGACCAUUCUUAAGGUUGGUUUACAUGAUGCUACUGGAAUUUCUCAUUGUUCAUCUUGUUCCACCUGACAACUGUGUGGUGUGCAUCAUUCUUGUUGUAAUCAUAAAUUGAGAAUGAACUGAGUAUUGAAAAGCAGAAAACAAAUAGUACUUAGAAUUGAGUUUUUACUUUUGUUGUAUGAGAAAUUGGCUGCAUAUGUCCAAUGAUCACACCGAUUCUCCUGGGUUAUAAUUUGAAUGAUGGUUUAGUUUCAUUGUAAUGUUAUUAUGUGCUGUCCUGAUUCCUAAGACAAUGUGGUGACCCACUCCACUGCCAGCCUCAGUGGUGGAGUCCAGGUGCAUGGUGGCUACUUCAUCACUAUCACCAUGCAAAAUACAGGCAGGCAUCAGCAUAUUACAGGUUGUUAAUCUCUUCUUUGGAGUUGUACAAUCCAGGAACUACUAACAUCAAUCAGUUUUCAGUUGCUGAAAUUAACCAAAAUUUUUAUGCCACAGUAAUACAGAAGCAGUAUAAUAACUUCUGUAAUCAAACUAUUAUAUAAUAUUGAAAUGAUAUUAUCAGAAUAUUCAGUUAUGUAAUUUUUACAUAUGGUCUAUAUGAGUUUUGGUUUGUUUUGUGUGUGUGUGUGUGUGUGUGUGUGUGUGUGUGUGUGUGUGUGUGUGUGUGUUUGUGUGUGUUUUCCAGACUGAAAAAAAAAACAAAAAAUGAAACACUUCCUGUAUCAAGCAUUCCAGAUAAGAGACUCAACCUGUACAUGUAACUUGGUGUGGAGACCCAUUGAGCAUUUCCACCCAACUAUGUGUCUGUCUACUACCUUUCACAGAGCAAAGCAAAUAUUCCAGGACUGCCACAAGUAGGCCUGCUGGCUUCCUACAGCUUCCCUUCUGUUCUUAUUGUGUUGGGCUGACUUGAGUUUCUUAGAGCAGAGAUGUUCAUAUAAACUGGCCUUUGAUAUUGACAUUUGGUACUUACUGUAGCAAUUGCUACAUGUGAUGAAAGACAGAGCCAUUUUCCUUCCUCGUACUAAAAGACCAACUCUAGGAUAAGAUGUAACUGAAACUGUUUUUAAGAUAGAUAUGUUAAGAUUAUAUUUUUAUGAUACAUAAAAUUGUUAGGGGUAAUUUAAUCAUGGGUGAUGAUUUCACCAAUUUGGCAUUAUUAUUUUUGGGGUUCAGAUGUCCAGUUUAAAAGUGUAAGAUGCAUAAUAUUGACAGCCUUUGUUUUGGGUAUUUUUUCCUAUUAACAGAGUUGUUUUGCAUCAUUUUAUUUUGAACACAUCUAAAUAACAUGGUGCAUGUUUCUCAUCAAUAUUUUCAGGGGGAUUCUCUGGCAUUUUCUUGAAACUAUUAUAUCUAUGAAAAUUUUUGAAUUAUUUUUAAUUCUACUUCAGAGUACAAUAGCUCAUGUAGCUGAGUGGCUAUAGUGCACCCAAACCUUAUUAUUUGCAAGUCUUACACACUUGUAAUAGUGUUACUUAUUUUCUUAUUUUGUUGAUGCAGAUGGUGGUGCCCAUGACAUGGAUCUUUUGUGUGGAAACAUGACACAUUCCCUUCCAAAGUUUUCCUAUGCUUCUCUUCUAUGGUGUUUUGUGGAACAAUUUUGAUUUUUAGUCAUUAGUGUCAUCUCCUUUUUUCCUUUUCUUUAGUUUUACUUGAAAAGCAUAAAACAUUGUAAAUUCUUAAUUUUCAAACCAUCCUUGGAAUUCUUGUAAUGUUACUAAUAGUGAAAGAGCAAUAAGAUGAGGAUCUGAUAGUUUGUCAUGAUUUUGUUCUUGUUCACCUCAAUGUAAGGUUUUUCAUAUGCACUUUUAUUUAUUUAUUUAUUUAUUUAUUUAUUUAUUUUUAUUUAUUUAUUUAUUUAUUUAUUUAUUUAUUUAUUUUAUUUUUUUUUUGUAUUCAGUAACAUGGUAUCUGUAAACUUGUGUGCAAAUAUUCAUAACCUCUUUUAUUGGUCAAAGACUAAACUAUCAAGACAAAAUGAAACUAUCUUAUGGUUCUGCUUCUUUUCAGAAGCAACAUUGUAUGCUGGCUUUUCUUUCAUCUUUUUCUUUUUAGUAUCUCUGACAUGCAAGAGAUCUCUUCCCUAUUUUCUCACUCUCUCUAAAAGAGCAAGAAUUUGUUCACAGAUGAAAGUUGGACCAAUUUUUACUCCCCAUACUCACUGCAGUCUUCCUGUCAGCCUUGCUAGAGAAUAGAUGGUGCUUUGCACUUCCUGUAUGUAUUGCAGUCUUUCUCUUUAUCUUUGUUCUUCCUCAAGAAUAGUAUUACAGCCUUAGUGUGAUAAAUGAAAAUUACUUACCAACCGAUUUUGUAGUCUAGCACAUUGCUUCCUUGUGUAUUACUUACCAAGUGAUUAAUUGACUGACAUUUUUUUUAGCAGUAGUCCUCCAUCAGGGCCAUGGGGACAUUGCAUAUCCUUAUGAUGCUUCUUAUUCUUUGAGCAUGCCUGAGGUUUUCUUGGCUUAGCCAGGUACAGGUGAAAACAUUUGUGGUUUGAGAUAGUUGUUGAUAAUUUGUAAAUCAUGUUAUUGCUUUCUGCUCAGUCAUGCAGCAUUAUGCACCAUCUGUUGUCUCCUUCUCUUAUCUCUGACCUACCUUGUUUGUUGUGAUAUUGUGACAGUAUACCAGUGGCUCCAGAAUGAUGACCAAAACUUACAUUGUGUAUACUUUGUCUCUUUCAUAUUCAUGACUGGUGAUGCAAACGCCUUUCCUUGGAUAUAAUCAGGUCUUCCUGUAUCUUUCCAUUCAUGGUAGUGUGUUAUCAGAAACUAUUUUAAUGUUUUAUCUCAGUAAUGUUAGUCAGAAAUAUCUGCUGCUUUCAAUAUUUCUGGAACAGCCAAGAAACAACCUAAACUUGCACACAUCUGUUGAAAUAGUUUUUCCUCUGUUUGCAAUGCCUGUAAUGUGAUACUACAGAUUCAAAGGUUUGGGUGUCAGAUACCUCUUGAGUUGUUUGUAUUUUUGAGUGUAAUGUUUGCAUUUUUGCUCAACCACUUUUAUUUAUAAAAUGAUGUGGGUAAUUGUUUGUUGUAGGAGCUGAGGUGAACAGGGUAUUAGUAGCCUCUCUGGUUCCUGAGUGUAGAUGGCAGGUGGUUGCCCUUGAGUGUGUGAUCUCAUAAGUUCAUUUGUUAAUGUUAGAAGACCUAGUGGUGCAUUACCAAGUAAUGAUCUGUCCAGACUUUGGAAAGAACAUUCCGACUGUUUACUGCAUCAUUAGGUGAUCUUAGGAGUUGUAUGUAUUGCUCAAUAAUGGCAUAGAUUAAAAAAACUAUUUUCAUAUUUGUAACUUAUUAAAUAGCUUCAGAUUUGUAAAAAAAAAAAUGUAUAUUAUAAAAAGUAAAUAAAAAUACACAAAAUGCUGCUGUGGUAGCAAAAAUUAAA